UAUAAGUGGUCAAAUCUGUUAGAAGAACAAGAAGGUAAAAAUAUCAAGGGAAUCCCCCUACGUCAUUCAUUAUUCCGGAUGUGUUUCCAGUCGUCUCUGCGCAAGACCGGACAUACAAAGAAAGUCAUGGCGAACACACAUAUUUCAUAUCCUGCUGUCCGCCCAAAACCAGAUGGGUCACAGAAAGUGGAAAUUCCAGUGGGGAAUUAUGGUGUCCCUGAAAUGAUGACACAUGGAUUGGACAAAAAUGAGGCCAUCAGCAAACCGGUGCACGAAUUAGAACUGUCGGAGAAACAGUGGAAUGAGAACAAAAUGAAGAUGGAUUUUGCCAUGCUACGGAAAACAGAAGGCAUUCAUGCCCCUCUAAAACUACAGAUGGAAUUUGGAGUAGCCAAAAGGAAUUUACGACUACCGGGUCUACACAGCUCGGGUCUUAUGAUGGAUAUAUUAACUGGCAGGGAUGAGAUGAUUGAUUUUGAUGAUAUCCUUAACAAUCCAUACGAGUCGGAAACCAUUGUUGAUCACCAUGGCCUGAUGGAGAAGAGGCUGAACAUACUAUAGUGCCACCUGGUGGUGGAUUAUUUAAUAGACUCGCAUCUCAUUGUCUGGACUCCUCAUCGUCUUCAGUGCUAUUCACUUUGUGUCAGAAUUAAAUUCACAUUUACCAUACCA